GCCAAACGAUUGCUUUGGAAUGAUAAUUAAAAAAAACUUUUCACUUGCUACACACAUUGCUUGUUUUCUUUCAGGGAUUAAUUAAACGCUUCCGACUCUUGUCAAACAACAUAAACAACAUUGCGCAAGGCUGUCACUUUUGGCCUGCAAAACAAGGCCAGAAGAAAGUGUGUUUCCGAAGACACGGAGGCAUCUCCUCACAGUUUUGUUUUUUAAAUGCGUUUAUAGUGAAAAGCUUUAUAUAAUUGUGAUAUUCGUACGCGAAACUAUGGCAAACAGAACGCACGAUGCCGGGGUUCCCCUGAACACACGAAAGAUUCCCCACUCGGAGAAUGGUGUGCAGCGUAACAUCGCCGCACUGCAUGACACCUGGAAAGAUGCCCGAUGCUUCACGAAGUACACCGCUUUCCUAGUGAACGGAGAAGAACCCGUCAGCGGGGCAAUGUUAGACCAGUGGGCAAAUGAAACGGAAUGGUAUAUAAAAGAUAUGAAACAUCUGUUAAACCUGGACCAUCAUCGGUUUUGGUCUACAAUCGUAUAUAACACCACUGCGCUGGAAAGUAUCUUGUCGUUCAUGCAGAACGCUUUACCAUUCUACCUAGUGCCGGUACUAAAAUCGAUGGAAAAUGAACGCAUCCUACCGCUGUACACGUCUGCCCAUGCGUACGUGUUCAAGGUAAUCGUGCGACUUACGACCGUACGGGAGAACGAAACCUGCUGGAUGGAGCCAGACUUUUAUGGCAAGCUGGUGUACAAACAUUUCAUCAUCACCGUACCGUUCCUGUUCGAUCUGAUAUCAAUCUACAGCCGGGACAAUAAUGAACAGGUGUCGCGCAUCAUUGAAGCCGUCCUAAAACUUCAGCCCAAGUACAUCCAGGAUCUAAAGCACGGUUUAAGCUACCUGUUGAGUGCAUUCACCAUCAUUCAAACACGCUGCGAAUCGGAACUGUCGGAAGCAGGCGCGUCCGAAUCUACGCUGAAUGAUUUAGCACUGUACGCGCAGGACUGUAGCAGCGUGCUGGUGCAGCUGGUCGCAAUUUCCACCACCCUGCGGCAGAUAUGUUCCGAGCUGAAUGUAGAGUUCGCCAUUAGCAACUUUUACGACAACGUGCUGAUAGUGCUGUACCGAAACAUACAGGAGGUGAACAAGCAUUCGCACUAUUUGAGCUAUCUGAACGAUAUGCGCGUCGAGCUGCUCGAAACGUUUCGAUCGCUGUUGAGCGUUCAGCUGGACAAAAUACUGGCGAACGCGGACGAUGGUUUGCUGGCGGCGGACAAAUUUAUCAGCAUCCUUACCGAGUGUCUCGCGAACAACGUGUUCGUGAGGGAUUAUAAAAAUCUGUUCGAUAUCGAGGCUGAUUUGGCAAUCGUGCAGCUAGGGUACAAAUCGGUCGAUCAGGUAAAGUAUGACUUUAUACAGAAAGCGUACGCGCAGGAUAGCGAAACGCAGCAGGAUAGAAAUGGUGCGAAAUCGAUGGUAAGCACAGAGCAGGACGGUGAGCUGGAGGUUAACGCCGAGCAGCUGGACAUGGAGCAAAAGAUCGAACAGAAUGUGCAGUACAUAAUGGAACUAUUGCCGCAUCUAGAGGCAGCACAGAUACGCAAAGUAGUCUGCACGUACGAUAACGUCGAGGAAGCGGUUAGCGUACUGCUGGAGCAGGACAAUCCAAAUGUGGCGUUGCCGGCAACGGUCGGGCAAGACGAGCCGCAUAUUCCACCCGACCCGUUGGAUGAGUUUUACCUGCGGACCGGUAUCGAUCGGUUGAACAUCUACGAUGGCGAUGAGUUUGACGUAAUGGUAAACGAUAAGGUGAAAGGAAUUAUCAAAAAAGGCAAGGGUAUGCCAGGACAGCCGAAAACGAUGACCGCACUGCUGGACGACAAAAGCCACAUACAGCAGGUGCGCCACAUUUACCGACAGUUUGAUAUGGUGGCGGAACAUGAUUUGGACGACGAUGAGUACGACGAUUCGUUCGAGGCGAUGACCGAAAGCGAAUCGCGCCACGUCAAACUGUCCAAGGACGCGCGGAACGCUAUCGUCGACCAGGAGCUGGACAACGAGAGCGAUAGCGGCAGCAAUGAAAGUGAGGAUGAGCAGGAAGGGAAUCAAAGCCAGCCGCUUAGCUUCUGCGAAAAUCCCGAACUGGCGCGCAAACGGUAUGAGGAGAAGCUGAACAGCGAGUACCUUCGGCGACAUGGUGGGCCACCACCGGCGGGACCGAGGGAAGCUGAUGUACGCGGGAAACCGAAAGGCCAAGGGCAGGAUAGUAAGGUGCUGUUGAAUCGAAGGCAUAAGAACGAGAACAAGGCGUUGAGUGGUAAUCACAAUCGUAAGCAGGGUGCUAGCUACAAACGGAAUCGUGGCAUGUUACCAUCCUAGUGUUCUUGACAGUGUAAGGGCGCAGGAUUUUUUUUUUUUGUGGUAGAUAAUUCUUCUUUGAGUACUACGGCCUACAAAAAGCUAUUGUGGCUGUAAAUAUUGCGUCCGUCUCUGUCGGUAGUCGAAUCUACUCCUAGAAGUACUCCUUCUAAUUCACAUAGCUCAUUUGCGAUAUUUAUUCGAUAAGCUGUGUGUCUCUUCCCUAGCCAGAAAAUCCUACAACUUCCUUUCUUUCUUUAUCCCGAUGCUUGCUUAGUGAAUGUCAGUCCAACGCUGAAGAAUUUCUGAAUCUUCCGAAGAAUCGAAAGGCAUCGCCUCUGGAACUCUCAAUCCUGAUAACGCAUCGGCCCAUUAAGGUACCAGACUGUGCCUUCACAACCGGUUCCAUAGCCUUUUGCAAACAGAUCAGGAGCUGCUGCCACGGAUAGACCACGGAGUGUUAUAAACGUAGUGACGUCCUUUUCUGGUUCGAUUUGCAUGUCGAGACACAGGCAAGGUUCGCCAUUCGAUUUCAAACCCCCCGUUAUUGGUCCUGUCUUUACUUCAAUGAUAUCUCGCUGUAAUAAUUUACGGUCAACUGCUUCUUCCCUUCUUGGGGCGGUCCGGUGGCCGAGGCGACAACGGCGCCGGUCUUCACACGGCAGGACCGGGGUCCAAAUCCCAUCCAGACCGUCUCCCCGUACGCAGGGCUGACUACUUUACUACGGGUAAAAUCAAGUCACAGAAAGCCAGAAAUGGCAGGCCGAGACCGCUCGAGGUUGUAGUGCCACCGAAGAAGAAGAAGCUUCUUCCCUGAGAACAGAGAUUCGUCUCAUAGUUUCUUAGGUUACUUCAUUUGAAGAACAUCCCUCAACUACCGCAUCAAUCAGGUGUAUGCCACGUAAGACAGAACAUAUUUUUGUACAAAUCCGCCAUGGGAAACUUGUUGUUUCAACCUAUUCAAGAAAUCGGCGAAGUGUUCUCCAGGUUGUUGUUUCAACAGAGUGAAGAUUCCGUCGUUCUGUUGAAGUUUGAUGGUGAGGUUUAAAGAACUUGUCCAGCUGUUUAACAGCAUGCUCAUACAAUUGUGGUUCCAACGUUACUAAUUUUUUACGUUACUAACACCCUCUGCAGAGCCGGUCCUCCGAAAUGUAACAGCUUUGCUUUCUUCUCAAACUGAUCCGUGAAGCUUCUUCCCAAAGCUUCUUUCCUAGUCUUCCAAUCUGUGGCAAGUUUAGCAGUUCUUUUACGAGGAGCUUCGACUACCGAUACAGACGGUUGCGAUAUUACAGUGGCCUACCAUUAGUGAUUUCCUUUCCAUAAAGAACACCACUCUCGGCUGGAUAGAUCGUCCCAGAAUUGUUGGGAUGCUUAAGUGUUGCUCUGCUGCUAGGUGUAAGGUCUUACGCUACCUGAUAUAAAUGAGUCUAAUAGACGGGCAUGAGUCAACAGGUGUUUAAGCCAUAAGCAGCUAUAUUAAAUCAAUUAAAUCAACGGCCCUUUUGCAGUUUGGAUCAAGAAACAUUUUCCAACUAAUAUCAAUUGUAUAUUAUAGUUAGUAAGAAUUGAGAAACACAAUAAAAAAUUCUAAAUUGAAGCAAAAAUAUUUUUGAAAAA